UGGAUAUGUGAUGUAGUGGAAUUGAUUGGCUACAUUAUGCUUGGUUGUACGUUUGCAGAUGCUUGCUGGUCGGAGGUGCCUGUGUAUAUCUGGACAGUGUACACGUCGCUCAAGACCUCUGCCAUAUGGGGUGGCAAUAAGAUCCUGUUCGCUGCAAGUUUCUUCUUGAGCCUAACCCCCGUCCUGACAGAUAUCCUCGAAACAGCAGAUUAUCGUAACGCCUACUCGCUCCAAUUCCGAUGUUAUGGUCGUCCACCGUCGACAAGUCUUCGCAGCUACAUGAUUAUUUGUGUCAGGAUUCAAUUUGACUCGCAUGGCAUUCAAGCCGCUCGUGCCACUUGCGCCGUGCUGCUGCUGCAAGACAUUCUUAUUUUGAGCCUAACACUUGCGAAGACGCUGCAUCAAUGGUGGAUUACCAGAGGCCUAGGAUUUUCAUUUUCGAUUACGACAUCUAUACUGCGUGGCGGUGCGUCUAUUGUGCUGCAUGCCGUCGCGCCUCCAAAUUUAAAGCGCUUGUAUAGGAACGGUGCACUUUCUGUGCGUAUGCAUAUGGGCAUUGUCGGGCUUAGAGAAACUCUGACCCAUUUACAACAGUUCAAUGGGAUCAUGGAGGAAGUUCUUUCCCCCUCCUUGUUGCGAUUCCGCCUGAUCAUGGAGCUCCGUACGCUUUUGCAGGACUCUGACAGCUUUAACGUCCCGAGCGCGGCGCAGAGUCGGAUCUAUUUUCACCGUUCUAUCAGGGAAGUUGAGCAAUCGCUGAGCCUUCUGAACAGCACAUUUGACGAUCGUCUUCAAGCUGGGCCCGCUGAGGAGGGCUUAUGA